GAACAAUACGAAAUUGACAAGUGUUGCGUUUAUGAGAAACAAUAAUCUUUAGUAAACGAUGUAAUUAUGAAUGAGAUCUUUUUCAUGUGAACGACAAAACUGAAAUAACUUUUCAGAUAGGUAUUAAAAAAAAUUAUCUGAGUAAAAAGGAAAAAUACAUUCUCUAAAGAUGUGUGAUGUCAAAAAAAGCAAACGGUAUAAUAUCUGGCUGAUGUAAUUAUGGUAAUUACUCACAGAAAGAGUAUAAUUCAACUGUAGGUAACGUUUGAAAUACAGUGUGUACGCAAGUACACAAUAUGAAUCAUUUUAUUAUCUGAUUUUGUGAUAAGUCUCAAAAGAAACAAAAGUUAUAAUUGAUCGAUUGAAUUUUAAUUGAAAUUCUUGCGGUAAGUUGAACCAACCGUAUAGUUACACUCUCGUGAACAGUUUGUGUGCGCCUACAUGUUGGUGAAAAUAUUUUUUAAACGGUUAAUAUGACAGAAAUUGAAAUGGGGCACCCUACAGAGGAGCCCAAAAAAUAUUCCUAUAAUUAUAACAAAUGUUAUUCUGCAUUGUCCCAGAUAACCGCAGUAUUGGUAGGAAACAUGAUAAUGUUACAAUUCGGUAUGUCAAUUGCGAUGCCUACGGUUAUAAUCGGUAAAUUGAAAGAAACUAAUGAAACAGCAAAGCUUUCGUGGACAGACGCAGAUAAUGGAGGAUUCUCACUGACAGGGGUAGAAUGUUCUUGGUACGGAAGUCUACUAUUGAUAUGCCAUCCUAUUGGAAGCUUACUGUCAUCUUUCAUUCAAGAUAAAUACGGAAGAAAAACUUGCCUUACGAUUGUGUGUUUUCCUCAAUUCUUGGGCUGGUUUUCAUUAUUCAUUGCCAGAUCGAGUCAGUUACUCUACGUUUCCUCGUGUUCCUUGGGUUUAGCCAUGGGGUUAAGCGAAGCACCCAUAUUAACCUAUGUCGGGGAAUCUACUGAACCUCGACUUAGAAGUGUUCUAUCAUCCCUUUCAAACUUUUGUUCUAUGAUUGGAUUGUUCUUGACGUAUUUACUAGCUGCAAUCAUAUCGUGGAGACAACUGGCAAUGUUGUAUAUGUGUUUACCUGCUGUUGUUUUUUUAACAACAAUACUGGUGAUUCCAGAAUCUCCGGUAUGGUUAUUAUCGAAAAAUAGAACAACUCAAGCCAUAAAAUCUUUAUGCUGGCUGAGAGGAUUUACUAGCUCGAGCUCUGUUCGUGAUGAAAUCAAUCAAAUGUUGCAAUAUAUUCAGGGUAAAAAUAGUGAAAGUGACACUUCGUCUCUAGAUGAAAAUGGAAAUAAAAAAUGUCGUGUGUUUGGUAAAAUUGAAGAUAUUCUAGUAUUAUUAAGCGAUAAGAGUGUUUUCCGGCCUUUUAUAUUACUCGAUUUCAUCUUUUUUUUCUGCACGAUCUGUAGCAUGAUUCCAGUAAAACCAUACCUAGUUUAUGUAAUCAAAAAAGUUGGCACGCCAUUUGAACCACAAUGGGCGUUGGUUUACAUUGGCAUAAAUACCAUUUCUGGAGCUUUUCUCAACAUGUUAAUCGUCAGAAUGUUCGGAAAACGACGAUUGUUAAUCUCGUCUAUGAUAAUAUCUACCAUACUUCAGUUUUUAAUCGGAAUUUACGCGCAAUAUGGAAAACAGUAUCCCUGCUUUCAAAAUGCUUGGAUUCCUUUUGUUCUGUUUUGUGCGGUUAGUUUUAUAGCCGGUUUUGGAAUCACAGCUAUUCCUUGGAUUUUACUCGGAGAAUUGUUUCCUAUGAGAGCUCGAGGACAAAUCAGUGGUGUGACAGCAGCUAUAAAUUUCGGCGUUGGAUUUUUACUCACUAAAACGUAUUUUGAUGUUGUUGCAAUUUAUACGUUACCAUGGACAUUCAUAGUUUACAGCAGUGUAGGAAUUAUAGGGAUAUUUUACGUUUAUAUAUAUUUACCAGAAACUGAAAAUAAAACGCUGCAGCAAAUUCAAAAACAUUUUGAAGACUGAAAAUAUACGUUCAUCAGUUCAUUAUUUUCUUCAUUUGUUCUGUAGAUACACAUUCAUUUGAUUUACAACUAUAAAUAAUUAUGUGAAUUUUUUUUUUCUUAUUAUUGUAAAAUUUCAAACUUCGAUGUUACGACCGAUGCUGGAUCGAAUAAUGUUUAAAUUAAAUUAAGUAUUUUUGUAGGUAAUAAUAUUGUUUUUGAAGCGAGAUUUAUAUUAUUUAUUUGUAAAAUACUGCCUUCAUGCAUUAAAUAUUUUCAAUUCAAAUGCUUCAAUAUUAAAAAUUCACGGACUCUCU